UCUGAAUACGAUAAAAAGGAUAGAAAGUGUUUCCUCUCUCUCUCUCCCUCUCUCUCCAUAUCUUUCUCACCCUUCACUGCUAUCUACACUUCUCUGGCUUCCCCUAUUUGCUCUUAAUGGCUACUUAUUCCCACGCCCACAUCUGCCAGUGCUUGAGCCGCCUCGCCACCGCCCGCCCCCACUCUACCCUUUCCAUCUAUGGCCACCGCCGCAAAACCGGAAUGCAAUUCGUCCAAGGAGUUCUGGCCCUCGCCCGCCGCCUUCUUCACCUCGGUGUCUGCCCCGGCCACGUCGUUUCCAUUUCUGCUCUCAACAGUGAUUUGUACUUGGAAUGGAUGCUUGCUAUUACUUACGUUGGAGGAAUUGCUGCUCCACUCAACUAUCGAUGGAGUUUGGAAGAGGCAAAAUCAGCGAUGGAGGUCGCACAACCUGUGUUACUAGUUACCGAUUCAAGCCGUGGUUUUUGGCAUUCCAAGUUUCAGAUCGAUUCUGUGCCAUCUCUGCGGUGGCAUGUUUUAAUGGACAUGCCUGUUCAAGGGAAUGACAAGGGGACUGUUUUUGCUACUGAAUUGCUUAACGAGCCUACUGAAAGAUCUGUUACGCUAGACUAUCUUUGGGCACCUGAAGGAGCUGCAGUUAUAUGUUUCACCUCAGGUACCACUGGAAGACCAAAAGGAGCCACCAUAAGCCAUUUAGCACUAGUCGUGCAAUCCCUAGCAAAAAUUGCAUUUGUUCACUACGAUGAGGAUGAUGUCUAUCUCCACACUGCUCCCCUGUGCCAUAUAGGUGGGAUAUCAUCAGCCAUGGCAAUGUUAAUGGCAGGCGGUUGUCAUGUUAUGCUACCAAAGUUUGACACUAAUUUAGCAAUUCAAGCCAUUAAGGAGCACAACGUCACUUCUUUCAUCACUGUACCCACAAUUAUGGCUGAUCUCAUCUCCUUUAAUAGGAUGAAGAAAACAUCUGAAACUUUCGAAUCUGUGAAAAAGAUUCUGAAUGGAGGUGGUGGUCUGUCAGUUGAGCUCAUCAGAGAAGCAACCGAAAUUUUUCCGAGAGCCACACUUCUCUCUGCUUAUGGAAUGACAGAGGCAUGUUCUUCUCUGACCUUCAUGACCCUUUAUGAUCCAGCAAAAGACAGCAGCUUCCAGCAGCCACAUGAUGUCAAAAAAUCUAACUUAAGUCACGAAGGAGGUGUUUUGUGUAAGUGCUGACGAAUCUUUUGUGCUGGGAGAAUAUUGAUGAGGGGUCCCCAUGCAAUGCUCCAUUACUGGGGUCAAAGUCCGCCAAAGCAUUUGAAUCCCGUACAUGAAGGCUGGCUUGACACAGGAGAUAUAGGGCAGAUAGACGACCAUGGUAAUCUCUGGCUUAUUGGGCGUGAAAAGGAUAGAAUCAAGAGUGGAGGGGAGAACAUUUACCCAGAAGAGGUAGAGGCCGUCUUAUCCCAGCAUCCUGGAAUUUCCAGAACUGUUGUUGUUGGAGUUCCAGAUUCUCGGUUAACAGAGAUGGUGAUUGCCUGUGUUCAACCAAACGACGGUUGGCGAUGGGCUGAAUUUGACAGCAACAAAGACCAGAUCCAAUGUUUAUCCAGUGAGAUCCUCAAGCACUUUUGUAAGGAAAAGAACUUAACAGGGUUUAAAAUUCCCAAAAGAUUUAUUUUAUGGAGGAAGACAUUUCCAAUGACAACAACUGGGAAAUUAAAGAGGGACCAAGUCAGAGCAGAAGUAAUGUCUGAAACGCAAUUCCUGUCCAGCAAACUAUAACCCAACAACUACGUCCUUCUGGGAGCCCACCCCCACAGACGAAAUCCAAUAGACAUGUAUUUCGCGCUGUUGGUUCUGGUUCUUUGUGAAACAAAAUAAGGCUAAUGCUGGUGAAGUUCUAAAUUGGAAUUAGGCAGUGCCACUGGCAUUUAAAGUUAAACAAUAAAACGUUUGAAAUGAAAUUCAAGUCCAUAAUGAGAAAUGGCAUAUAAUUAAAG